AUGGCUACGUCGGUGGGAGCUGCAGCCGGGCGACUGCGGCGGGUCAUCUGCAGGAUGCCCCCGGGACGAGAUCCCAGCCGUAGACCGCUCUCAUCCGAGCCCCGUCCAGCCCGGGCCACGGCCGUGCGGCAGGCCUUCUUGAGCUUUUUUCGGGAUCGCCAUGGCCACCGACUAUUGCCGUCCGCUUCCGUGCGGCCCCGCGGCGACCCCAGUUUGCUUUUCGUCAACGCGGGGAUGAACCAGUUCAAACCAAUCUUCUUGGGUACUGUGGAUCCACGAAGCGAGAUGGCAGGCUUCCGACGUGUGGCCAACAGCCAGAAGUGUGUGAGGGCUGGAGGACGCCACAGUGACCUAGAGGAUGUGGGCCAAGACCUUUCCCAUCAUACCUUCUUUGAGAUGCUUGGCAAUUGGGCUUUUGGGGGUGAAUACUUUAAGGAGGAAGCUUGCAGCAUGGCCUGGGAACUGCUGACUCAGGUCUACGGGGUCCCUGAAGACAGGCUCUGGGUCUCCUACUUUGGUGGUGACCCCAAGGCAGGACUGGGUCCAGACCUAGAGAGUAGGGACAUCUGGCUGAGCUUAGGGGUGCCUGCCAGCCAUGUGCUUUCCUUUGGACCACAAGAGAACUUUUGGGAGAUGGGGGAUACUGGCCCCUGUGGACCCUGUACCGAGAUCCACUAUGAUCUGGCUGGUGGGGUGGGAGCCCCCCAGCUGGUGGAGCUUUGGAAUCUGGUCUUCAUGCAGUACAACAGAGAAGCAGAUCGAAGCCUGCAGCCCCUGCCCCAGCGGCAUGUGGACACAGGAAUGGGCCUGGAAAGGCUGGUGGCUGUGCUACAAGGCAGAUGCUCCACCUACGACACUGACCUCUUCUCCCCACUGCUCAGUGCCAUACACCAGGGUUGCGGAGCACCCCCUUACUUGGGCCGGGUAGGGGCAGCUGAUGAGGGGCGCACAGACACAGCGUACCGCGUGGUGGCCGAUCACAUCCGCACACUCAGUGUCUGCAUUGCCGAUGGUGUCUGCCCUGGAAUGUCAGGAGCCCCGCUAGUUCUUCGUCAGAUUCUCCGCCGAGCUGUACGGUUCUCUGCAGAGGUGUUGCGGGCACCCCCUGGCUUCCUAGGCAGCCUGGUGCCUGUAGUGGUGGAGACACUGGGGGACACUUACCCAGAACUACGGAAGAACUCUGCCCAGAUAGCCAACCUGGUGUCAGAGGAUGAGGCAGCCUUCCUGGCCUCUCUGCAGCGGGGUCGGCGGGUCAUCGAUCGGACCUUGAGGCGCCUGGGGCCUUCUGAUAUGUUCCCUGCCGACGUGGCCUGGUCCCUGUCACUGUCGGGGAACAUAGGACUCCCCUUGGACCUGUUGGAGCUGAUGCUGGAGGAGAAAGGGGUGCAGCUGGACUCUGCUGGGCUGGCACGGCUGGCCCAGGAGGAGGCCCAGCAUCAGGCACGGCAGGCUGAGCCAGGGCAGGAACAGGGACUGCGGCUUGACAUCCAUGCGCUGGGGGAGCUACAACGCCGAGGGGUGCCCCCAACCGAUGACAGCCCUAAGUACAACUAUUCCCUGCAACCCAGUGGGGGUUAUGAGUUCCACACCUGUGAGGCCCAGGUGCUCCAGUUGUAUACAGAAGAUGGAUCAGCCGUGGCCUCUGUGGGAGAAGGCCGGCGCUGUGGCCUCCUCUUGGACAAAACCAACUUCUACGCUGAACAGGGGGGUCAGGCUUCAGACCGAGGCUACCUGGUACGGGUGGGACAGGAGGACGUGCUAUUCCCAGUGGUCCAGGCCCAGGUCUGUGGAGGCUUCAUUCUGCAUGAGGCAGUGGCCCCUGAGUGCCUGAAGGUGGGGGAGCAGGUACAGCUGCAUGUGGAUAAGGCCUGGCGUCUGGGCUGCAUGGAGAAGCACACAGCCACCCACCUACUAAACUGGGCUCUGCGGCAGGCCCUGGGCCCUGGCACUGAGCAGCGAGGUUCCCAUCUCAAUCCUGAGCGGCUGCGCCUCGAUGUGGCCACCAAGGCUCCACUGACCCCAGAGCAGCUCCGGGCUGUGGAGGGCACUGUGCAGGAGGCCGUGGGGCAGGAUAAGGCCGUGUACAUGGAGGAGGUGGCCCUGGCACAUACCGCCCAUGUUCCUGGGCUGCGCUUUCUGGAUGAAGUAUACCCAGACCCUGUGCGGGUGGUGUCAGUGGGGGUGCCUGUAGCCCAGGCACUGGGCCCAGGCUCCCAAGCUGCGCUGCAGACCUCUGUGGAGCUGUGCUGUGGGACGCACCUGCUACGCACAGGGACAAUAGGGGAUAUGGUCAUCAUCGGGGAGCGCCAGCUCACCAAGGGCACCACUCGCCUGCUGGCCAUCACUGGGGAGCAGGCCCGGCAGGCCCGAGCGCUAGGCCAGAGCCUGGCCCAGGAGGCGGAAGCAGCUGCGGGGCGGCUGAGUCAGGGCAGCCGGGAGCUGGUGGAGGCGCGGCGACUGUCCAGGGACAUUGGGCGACUCACUGAUGUCAUGGAUAACGCCACGAUGCCCCAAUGGCAGCGGCGAGAGCUUCAGGCCACACUGAAGGUAAUGCAGCGGCGUGCCAACACUGCCAUCCGAAAGCUGGAGAUGGGGCAGGCUGCACAGAAAACCCAGGAGCUGCUACGGCGGCACUCGGGGGCACCUCUGAUUGUGGACACAGUGUCCACUGAGUCCCUCUCAGUGCUGGUGAAGGUGGUGCGGCAGCUGUGUAAGCAGGCACCCCACACGUCCGUGCUCCUCCUCAGCCCCCAGCCCCUGGGGCAUGUGUUGUGUGCCUGUCAGGUGGCCCAGAGUGCUACACCAGCCUUCACAGCAGAGGCCUGGGCACUGGCUGUAUGCAGCCACAUGGGGGGCAAGGCCUGGGGCUCUCAAGUCGUGGCCCAGGGCACCGGAAACGCUGCUGACCUGGAAGCUGCCCUCAGUACAGCCCGAGCCUAUGCCCUCAACCAGCUCUGACCCAGACCUGCCCAGGGACUGCUGUGGACUGAAGAGAUAGGCCAGUGCCAGGAACCCUGAGGAGCCCGCAGAACCUCCCCUGAGGCAGAAGCAGAGGACUGGAGUCUGCAGGCCAAGCAGCUGAGCCAAAGAGGACUGCCUUGCCCUGGGCCCUGUGUGGACACAAGGAGAUGUGGGCUGCAGAAGGCAGAAGGGGGCCCAGAGACACACCCCUAUUAGGGGGAUGUGAAGACAUGGGCUCUUCUGGCUGUGACUGCUCAUUAAAAAGUAUUUCACAGAGGACAGGAAGCUCCAGAAGGCCUUUUAAAAAAGAGCAGCCUUUCCCCAUCCUGGCAACCUGGCAUGGGUGCCCCAUCACCCAUCUGACCCCUCACACUGGGCUGAAUCCCACCCAGCAGCCAAAUCAGAACCGUCUCAUCGCCACAAGUGCUCAGACAGGCUGGCUGUGCCAGCCUGUUUUGGGCGCCUGCAAAGGCCUCCCUGGCCACCAAGAUCCAGAACUGUCAUGUGAAAGUCACGACAGCUGGGCAGGUCCUCUCUGGUGUCACUUCGUUAACAAUGACCUCAUUUUAACGAAGGCCCUAGUGAGUUGUUGGUAAAGAGAAUAACGGAUAA